GAUCUUUCAAUCUCACAAAGUUAAUCAGAAAUAGAAACUACAAAGAUAGAUAGUUGUAAUACCCCAAAAAUUGGUGAUAUUUUAGCAUUAAAUAAGGGACUUAUUUGAGGGAAAAUAUUGUUUUGGGGGUUUGAAUCCUUCGGUUUUUCUGCCGCGAGUUCCCUUGCAGAAUUUCUUCUUCUCUGCCGCCGGCUUCUCCCCCCUGCUAGGCUCGGUUUUUGGCUGCUCAAUUCUGGUAUGGACAGCUCCUCUAAGCCUAAAAUUACCCAUUUAAUUGCUGGGUUUUGUCCAUUAAGUGCUGCCCUGUGCUUGCCGAAUUUUGCUAAAAUGGGGGAGGAAUUUCGGUAGCAUUUAAAUGUGUUUUGUGCUUGGUUUAUGUAGGAAUUUUGUUAAUUGGGUUGUUGUGAUUUUGGAGAAAAAUCCUGUGAAUUAGCUAGUGUUUUUGCCAAUUUUGGAAGUGAAGUACUGUUCACGAUACUGUUCACUGGUUCCCAAUCGUUCUGUCAGUUAGCACUGAGAUUGAGUGCUCGGUUUUAUGCGAGUGAGGAAGCGAAACCGAGGACGGGGAAAACCAAGGGGAGUGACGAGUUAGAAGGCUAGCCAUCUUGUAAAGUGAAUAUAGAUUUGAGAUGUAGAUCGUAAUCUUAAGAGUUAGAGUGUAUGUGGAGAUUUUUGAUAUCAGAGCAGACUGUAAAGAUUUUAUCUUGAGAUUUUGUGGUAUCAGAUUGUGAUUUGAAUAAGUUCCGAGCCUUGUGCACUUGUGGGACCCGUCUCACGAGUGUACGGCAUCUGCCACGUCCCCGGAUUUGGGUUCUGGGGCGUGACAAUAGUAAUGUGCA